UCGCCGUCGAUUUGAUUCUCCGAUGGCCACCUCAAGCCAUCUCCUCCUCAUCUUCCUCAUCACCACCGUCUCAUUUCUCACUCCCGCCGCUUUCCCUCCGUCAAUCACGCCGCAAGAUCAGCAACACGCAGACAGAAUCAUCCAAGCCAUGAUCGGAGCCGGCGAAUUCCGCGACUGGGCCGCCGAUUUCCUCUCCGCCGUCGACGACCAAUUCGGAAUCCCUCUCUCUGCCACUAUCUUCAUCCCCAGCGACUUUGACGCCGCCGGCAUCACCUCCUCUAGCGGCGGCGGCGCAACCAACCCCGGUCGUCUCUCCGUCGCUUACCACAUCGUUCCUCAGCGUCUCUCCUUCGCCGACCUCCGCAUCUUGCAACCUCUCUCUCGCCUCCCGACUCUCCUCCCCGGAAACUCGAUCGUCAUCACCAACAACUCCGUUUCCGAUUUCACAGUCGACGGCGUUCUCGUCUCCGAGCCGGAUCUUUUCCUCUCUUCUUCGAUUGCGAUUCACGGUGUCGCUUCGCCGCUUGACUUCUCUCGUUACGGAGACUUUGAAAACGGUGGUGAUACUGCUUUAGCCGAUAGUCUCCGUCCUUUGUCUCAAAAUCGUCGUCGCCGCCGUCCUGAGUUCAACAAGAAUCGAACCUCUGCUUCAGUCUCCAUCGCACAUCUCUCCACAUGUUCGUUCUUGCUCCCGUUGGCUCUCGCUCUGUUCUGACUCUGCAUUUUCACUUUUAGUCCUUGAAGUUUUCCAAUUUUCAAGAUUCUGUACAUAAUUCUUCUAUUAGUGCAAGUUUUGUUCUUUCAAAGAUGUGUAACUCGAUCUUGUGAAUUCAAUUAAUGGCGGCAGCAUUUGAGAUUCAUGUUUUGUUAUAUU